AUGCCUGUUCGGAAACAAGACGCUUAUCGAGCAUUAGAAUUGCUCGAAGAAUAUUAUAAUCGUCUUGAUUCACCAGAAGAUAAACCAUUAAAAAAUGCCAUAGACAGAGUUAUUAAAGUUUUUAAAAGUCGACUUUUUCAAGCAUUAAUUGAUAUUCAAGAAUUUUAUGAAUCAAUAUUACUCGAUGAACAACGUGAUCGUUUAGCUAAAAUGGAUGCAACCCUUCAUUUAGCUGAAGAAUGGGAAAAACAACCAAUGCUUAAACGAAAUAUACGAAAUGGUACACCUACAAUCGAAUCACCAGCAAUAGCUCCAAUUGUAACAAACAAUCCAACAGCCCGACCACCAUCAAAUAUUAAAGAAAAUAGUAAACGACAAGCAACACCAACACCAUUUUCUCAAAUAGCUGAUGUACAAGAUGGAGGAGGAGGAGGAGGAGCUGUUCAAAAUAAUCGACCAAAUAUUCCAGCAAUAAAUUCACCUAUUGAUAUAACACAAUUUAAUUAUGAUGAUCAUUGGCAAGAAAUCGAAGUUGAUCUUGAUCGGGGACCUGGUGUCGGUCUUGGAUUUUCGAUUGCUGGUGGAAUUGAUACGCCUUGUAUUAGUGAUUCGCCAGCUGUUGUUAUUACACGUAUAACUGAAGGUGGUCUUGCCGAUCGUGAUCAACGAUUAAAACUUCAUGAUAUUAUUUUACGUGUUAAUGAAAUGGAUUUUACUCAAAUUGAACAUCAAGCUGCAGUUGAUGGACUUAAAGCAGCUGGUAAUCAUGUUAGUCUAUCAAUUCGUCGUUUAUCACCACCUGUUAUGGAAGAAAUUCAAUUAAAUCGACCACCAAAUGCACAUCUAGGCUUUUCAAUUGCUGGUGGAAUAAGCCAUGAACAUGUUAAAGGAGAUUAUGGAAUAUUUAUUACAAAUAUAAUUCCAGGUGGAAUUGCUGAUAAAAAUGGACGAUUAAAAGUUGGUGAUCGUCUUAUGCAUGUACAAUCAUUGAAAAAUGGUUAUGAUCUUCAAUUUGUUGAACAUAAACAUGCCGUUGAAUCUAUUCGACGUGCAUGUGAUGAAGGUCUAACAAUAACUUUGUUAGUUGGCCAUCCAACUGAUUAUUCAGGCUUAGCUGAUACAACAAUCCAACCAAUAAAUGGGCAUCGUUCACCUAUACAAAAUGAUGAUCAAGGAGAUUUACCAUUAGAACGUCGAGUUUUACUUCGUCGUAGUCCAAAUGGUUUUGGUUUUAAUAUUGUUGGUGGAGAUGGUGAUGAAGGCAUUUAUAUCUCAUUUAUUCAAACAGGUGGUGUAGCUGACAAAUCAGGCGAAUUACGUAAAGGAGAUCGUAUAUUAUCAGUCAAUAACAUUGAUUUUCGUGGUGUUACUCAUGAAGAUGCAGCAACAGUGCUAAAAAAUUGUGGAGAUACAGCUGAAUUACAUGUUAUUUAUAAAUAUGAUGAUUUUAUUCGUUUUGAAAAUCGUAUCGAUGAACGUCGAAGUAAAAUGACAGGUGAAAUUGCUGGUAGUACAGGAAGUUUAAAAACUUCAACAAAACGACAAUUUUUUGUUCGAGCUGAAUUUGAUUAUGAUCCAUCAAAAGAUCCCAGUAUACCAGGUGAUCGUGGUUUAUCAUUUCAUGCAGGUGAUAUCCUUUAUGUAACAAAUGCAGCUGAUGAUUCUUGGUGGCAAGCUAAACGUGUAACAGAUGGACAAGAAGAAGAAGAAUUAGGAAUAAUUCCUUCGAAAUCCCGUGUCGAAAAAAAAGAACGUGCUAGACAAAAACGUGUAAAUUUUAAUCAAGGAAGUAAUAGUCGAAGUAAUACACUUGAUAGAGACAAAAAGAAAAAGAAGAAAUUUGGUUUAUUUGGAAAAAGUGGCGAUAGGAAAGAUGCACAAUCAGGCGAUGAAUCAGAUAAUGAACAAGACAAUCUUGAACCUGUACCAUCAUAUGAAUUAGUUUCUCAACAUGAAGUUACUCAUACAAGACCAAUUAUUAUCUUUGGUCCAUUUAAAGAACUUCUUAAUGAUCAACUUCUCAAUGAUCGACCUGAAAAAUUUGCUAAUUGUGUACCACAUACAAGUCGUUCAAAACGUGAGAAAGAAGUUGAUGGACGUGAAUAUUACUUUGUUCCAACACGUGAACAAAUGGAAAAAGAUAUACAAAAUUAUCUAUUUAUUGAAGCAGGCGAAUAUGGAGGGAAUCUUUAUGGUACAAGUGUUAAUGCUGUUCGUGAAGUUGCUAAUUCUGGAAAACAUUGUAUUUUGGAUGUCAGUGGUCAUGCAAUUCGACGUUUAACAACUGCUGGUCUUUAUCCAAUUGCUUUGUUUGUUAAACCACGUGAUGUUAAAUGGAUUUUAGAUAAUAUGGGAGAUGAAGCAAAUGAAGAACGUGCUCAACAAAUCUAUGAAAAAUCAAUUAAAAUUGAACAACAAUUUGGAGAUGUUUUAACAAGUGUUAUUGAAGAUGAAACAUUAGGCGAUGUUUAUGAUCGUAUUUGCGAAGUUAUUGAUCGUGAACAAUCACUUGAUCAUGUAUGGGUACCAACCAAAGAAAAACUUUAA